GCCUACACCGAGCGCUGUGUUGGCACGCGGUAGGGCCGCCAGCCUACAGUAUUUUAUGUAGUUUUGUUUUGUCUCUUUUUUCAUCCUAACCACUUAUUUAUAUAUUAUUCCAGAUAUUUUGCCCGAUGGAAAGACCGAAAUACCUAAAUAUUAGAAACAAAUAACGUACUGGUAGAUAGGUAUAUAAAAAAUAUUCUAUAAAGGUAAGACACCUUUCCAAUAUUUCAGGUAGGUAAUUUAAAAAAUGAUAUCUCUGGGUGUGUUAUUGAAGAGUUCAAGCAACCAAAAACAGCAAUUGUGCUGUUGUACGAUAUUGAUCGUCGUUUGUUCUUUUCCAUACUAAAUUAUGUAGGUAUCUACUUAAUUAAAUCAAAUAUUUACAAUACAAAACGCAUGUUUAAGCACGGCUAACUGCAUAAAAAACAAUUCAGACCGUUCGGUCGUCGUUGCGGCGCGGCGGCGCAUUCGCGACUGGGUGCACGCCGAGAGCACAUCGAACUCGAGUGGCGUGUAGGUAUGACUCGCUUUCCGACCGUUUGUAUGAAGAUAGAAUACUGUAUGAUAUUAUUACCGUGACGUGACUAUGCGACCGUUAGAGUUUGGGCGUGGGUCAGGUAUAAAAGACCCUUUUUUCGUGUUCGUGCCGGAACAUCUGCUCCUUAUUCGUAGCAUUCCAGUCAGUUGUCUCGAGUCUUUUGAAGCGAGCAUACGUGUUUGAAAAAUUGUGUGAAAAUGGGUGAUUGUUUCAUUUGCAAAAAACCUCUGUUUGACGAUGUUUAAGUGGCUAAAAAGAGAGCUGUUCAGACUCUUAGCGGCGAGUGUGAAAAGAGGACAUGUGGAGCAUCAACAAAUGUUAGAAAAUAUUGACUCAGUGAGUGUUCAUAGUUCCUGCUACAAAAAAUAUGGAAACCAACGGCUAGCGUCGAUUGCUUCUCGACGAAGUGAGUCUCCAUCGCAAGAACCAGAACCCGAAGAAGAACUGCAGGUCAUUCCCACUUUUGAUUUUAAAAAUCGAUGUUUAUUUUGUGGAGAAAUAUUUUGCAACGAAUCGAAAUUACCAACGCAUAGACGGAAAAAAAUUCAUUCCGUGGUAGAAAUAUCAAUGAAUGAAAAAAUUAUGGGAUACCUGUCUGGACGUGACGAUGAAUUUGCCACUUCAAUCAUCGAGCGUAUCCGAGAUAUACCUGAUCUCGUCGCAGUUGGAGCUCGAUACCAUCGAACAUGUAUUUCUCAUGUAUAUCAUGCACUACCUCAUGGAGAAUAAGAAAGGACGACCUACGGGGGACAAAGUAGACGAGGCAAUGGAAGGAAUUUACUCCUUUCUGAAAGAAAAUUCCGAAGAAUGUCAAUUUUCUAUUAGCGAGUUGAUGAACCAAAUAAAUGGAGAUUUCGUUCCUCACAUCAGAACGGUUAAAAAUUUCAUUCUCAUAAUCGAGAAACAAAAACGUGAUUGCGUGGUGUGCUUUCGAAAUACCGGUUUCAAAAUACUCUCGGAUAAAUGGUACGAAGAAAAAAAAAAGGAUUAUCACGAAGAAAGAUUAAGAGUUAUUCGCGAAGCUGCUGCGAUAAUCCGUGAGGACAUUAGAGGUGUCGUUUACGAUAAAAACAAUUAUCCCCUAUCGGAUGAAUUCGUGAAAGAUGUCGAAGCCGCUGUUCCUGAAUCUUUGCAAGUUUUUCUUACUACAAUGAUAACAAAAGAUAAACGUGGUGCAUUGGAACAAUGGAAAAAAAAAUGUACAGCGAUAGCUCACUCCAUAAUAACAGCCGUACGUCCGCGUUCGUUUUUCUCUCCGCUGCAGUUAGGUGUUGGGACUUUCCUUUACAAGAAAUUUGGUUCAAAAAGUCUCAUCAACAUAUUAUCAGCUAUGGGAUUCUGUGCACCGUAUCGAGAAAUAACAAUUUUCGAGAAUUCAUGCAUUCAUCGAGCUGAAAGUGAAAUUUUGGAAAAUUCCUUCAGUCAAUUUGUAUUUGACAAUGCGGAUUUUAACAUAAACACCCUUGACGGUCAUGGAACGUUUCAUGCAAUGGGAGGAAUACACUGCGUGACUCCCUACACAUCUAUCCAGCGUGAGAAAAAAAUCCCGCGUAUUGUCGAAAUAAAAUCAGCUUCAGUAGUUGCACAAUUGGGCAUGGUACCUGUACUCUCUUACAACAAACAUAAAUCGGCAGGCUUACAGGCUAUAACUGUUGCCGAUGUCGAAGCUCUUCGUCAACUUCCAAGCGAAAUUUUACCAACAAUACCAGAUUUGAUCUGGCUUUACGGAAAAUGGAGUUGCUCUGUUGGAAUUCCAGGAUGGAAUGGAUUUAUGGAGAGUGUAACCGCCAAUGUGCCAUACGAACGCUCAAAAGUUAUCUGUCUUCCGUUUAUCAAUGCGCCGCCAUCGGAUUAUGACACGAUCCUGACAUCGCUUCUCGAAGCUGUCGAGAAUUCGAAGCGUUGCAGUCAAAAAACCACCUUCAUCACAUUUGAUCAACCGCUGUACUGGAAAGCUCGCGACAUCGUGGGAGCUGCUGACCCAACAUCCGAUUUAAAAAACGUCGUAGUGAGACUUGGUGGAUUUCAUCUCCUGGUGUCGUUUAUGGGAUCAAUUGGCAUGAUCAUGUCCGGUAGUGGGGUUGAAGAGCUUUUCAAGCUCAUUUAUGCAGAAAAUUGUGUUGAAAAAAUUCUUGCCGGCCACGCAUAUGCGAGAGCUGUUCGCGCGGCAAAGCUAUGGGUACAGUACCAUCGCAUGGUUUCUCUGGUGAAGAACUUCCUGGAAGCAGAAAGAUCCGGUAAUUGGGAACUUCAUCUCGAUACCAUACAAAAAAUGCUUCCUUUCUUUCAUGCCAGCGUCCACUUCCUGUAUGCGAAGUCUGCUCAUUUAUACCUACAAGAUAUGCGAGCUCUGAGUGAAAAAAUACCCAUAGAAGAUUACGUCAAGUUCACUAGACGUGGCUGCUUCACGAUUCGUCGCUCGGAAAAAUUUUGGUCUGGGAUAAUGUCGGACAUGACGAUAGAGCAGACUCUUAUGCGAUCCAUGAAGACAACAGGAGGACUGACUCAGGGACGGGGAAUUACAGACAGCACAAUAGCAUCGUGGACUUUGGGCAUGGUUCAGCUUCAAAACAUUUGUGAACAAAUUGAAAAUUUUUCCGGAGUAUCCUGCUCUACGACCGAACAGCACGUUGACAUGAGACCCUCGCGGAUUUCUCGAGACAAUUGUGACGUUGAGAAAUUGGACAUGUGGCUCGCAGGUCAUAAUCCUUUUCCAGAGAACAAAGAAUUGAUGUCUAUCGGCACAGGAGUUAUUGCAAACGAGAACAUUAAUUGUCAUCGUGCAUACGAAAUUGGUCGCGAAAUGAUGAAUAAAAUCAUAGGAGUGGAUUUCGGGUCUUUGUCAUUCAGAAGGAAGGAUAAAGUGCUCUCUUUAUCGACAGUAAAUACCAGCAUUACAAUCGACGAGUCACCAGUUCCGAUCGAUCCAUUGUUGCUCUUCCAAAGAAUGUGCAUAACGAAGAAUUCCGAGACUGACCUGAAAAUUUUUCUGGCAUACGAGCUCGCUCCGUUCCCAUUGUCAUUGUUCACCGAAGAAGGAAUGCGAAAAGGAACAAAGUCGCUAUUAUACAACGCCUUCGAACCUUUGACAGAAAAUUUCCAAACUGGUGACUGA